CAUACACGACGCGCUCUGCUGUGCUACAGAAGCUGCAGUUUCCAAACGCUUGCCACGACGACCCAGGUUCGUGUUUUCGUCCCCAUGCUGCCGAUUAAGCACUGGAUAAAGGAAUGUGUCGACUACUAGUAGCUUUAUGAAAAUGGCGUGUAUUGGAGACUUUGAUCCUUUCACCGCUGCUAUUCCUGCCACCAAAGUUGAGCUCACAGUGUCGUGUAGAAACCUGCUGGACAGAGAUACCUUUUCCAAAUCAGACCCAAUUUGUGUGCUGUACACUCAAGGAAUUGCCAACAGAGAAUGGAGAGAGUUUUGCCGGACGGAGGUUAUUGAUAACACUCUGAACCCAGACUUUGUCCGCAAAUUCAUCCUUGACUACUUCUUUGAAGAGAGACAGAAUCUACGCUUUGACCUGUAUGAUCUGGACUCCAAGAGUGACAACUUGUCAAAACAUGAUUUUCUGGGCCAGGCUUUCUGUACCCUGGGGGAGGUGGUGGGAUCCAUGGGUUGCCGCAUGGAGAAACCCCUAAUUGGUAUUCCUGGAAAGAAGUGUGGCACCAUCAUUGUCAGAGCAGAGGAGCUGAGCAACUGCAGGGAGUCAGUGAUGUUGCAGUUUUGCGGCAACAAGCUAGACAAGAAAGACUUUUUCGGGAAGUCCGACCCCUUCCUCGUCUUUUACCGCAGCAACGAGGACGGAUCCUUCACUAUCAGCCAUAAGACAGAAGUGGUGAAGAACACUCUGGAUCCGGUGUGGCAGGCCUUCAAGAUCCCAGUCAGAGCCCUCUGCAACGGGGACUACGACAGGAGCAUAAAGGUGGAAGUGUAUGACUGGGACAGAGAUGGAGGUCAUGACUUCAUUGGAGAGUUCAGCACCAGCUACAGGGAGAUGUCUAGAGGCCAGUCACAGUUCCACGUCUAUGAGGUGCUAAAUCCAAAGAAGAAAGGAAAGAAGAAGAAGAAAUACCUCAACUCAGGAACGGUGACUCUACUGUCCUGCCUGGUCGAUACAGAGCUCUCCUUCCUUGACUACAUCAAAGGCGGGACUCAAAUUAAUUUCACGGUGGCAAUCGAUUUCACCGCUUCGAACGGUAAUCCCUCCCAGCCCACCUCGCUCCAUUACAUGAGCCCCUACCAGCUGAACGCCUAUGCCAUGGCCCUGCGGGCUGUGGGGGAGAUCAUCCAGGACUACGACAGCGACAAGAUGUUCCCUGCUCUGGGCUUCGGUGCCAAGCUGCCCCCUGAUGGUCGGGUCUCACACGAGUUUGCCCUGAAUGGAAACCCCCUGAACCCCUACUGUAGUGGGAUUGAGGGGGUAAUGGAGGCCUACUAUCAAAGCCUGAAGUCUGUACGUCUCUACGGACCCACCCAUUUCUCCCCUGUGAUCAACCACGUGGCCAGGUAUGCAUCUGCAAUGACAGAUGGCUCCCAGUAUUUCAUCCUCCUCAUCAUCUCCGAUGGCGUCAUCACUGAUAUGGCGCAGACGAAGGAGUCUAUCGUAAAUGCUUCUUCUUUGCCCAUGUCGAUUAUAAUUGUUGGGGUCGGACCAGCAGAAUUUGAUGAGAUGAUCGAGCUGGACGGGGAUGAAGAGAGGAUCUCCUCCCAAGGCAGAUUUGCUGAGAGGGACAUUGUUCAGUUUGUCCCCUUCAGAGACUACAUAGACCGGCGGGGAAACCACAUACUGAGCAUGGCCCGCCUGGCCAAGGAGGUGUUGGCCGAGAUCCCUGACCAAUUCCUCUCCUACAUGAGGACCAGGGGGAUCAAACCGGGCCCCUCCCCCCCUCCCUACACUCCCAUCCCCACAGUGCACCCUCUCCUCACCCGACGUGUGAGCCGAAUCUGAAGAGGAAAGGCAACGCCCCCAUCAUCGAUUUGUCAAUCAACAGCGAUUCUGCCGACUCUACGGUUUUCUUCUUCCAACAACUCUUCAGUUUUGAUGGCAGCCUCCGAUGACGGACACCAAACUGUCCCAACUCUCAUGUUGCACUUCCGCUAAACCAUUGUGGGGUCGUUCAGACAGGCAAAGUGGACGGAAAGAUGUUCUUCCAUUUUGGACGCUGCCCUCGCGAGGAAGCUCCUCCAUUCAGGGGUCAGAGGUCAGUAUGAAGUGAUUUGACCCAGAAGCAGCUCACGUGAACAGGAACUGGUUCAUGAGCAGGGUCCGGACAACAUACAGUCCAACCUGUGGAAAGCCUUCUCAAGAACUGUCCUCUUUCAACUUCUUCUUCCUUUCCACUCCACGUCCCUCCUACAAACGGUGUCUCUCUAUGUUUACAAAGGAUGGUAAAGGUUGAUGAAGGAUGAUUUUUUUUACCCAACAGGUUUCUUGUUUUCAUGGCUGGCGAGAUACUUGUAUUAAGGAGCCACAUCCCUCACCUGUCUUGCUUAGUAAACGGAGCACUAAUGUAGAGUAGCAUUCGUGUCGUCCUGCACUCAGGGCUGAGUUCUUCCACUUCCAUAUCCCUUUUUAUGAGGCUACCAUCAACACGUAUAAUCUUCCCACUCUCCAGUGUCCCUCUCUGUCCGCCUGCCUUGACUCCAAGGGGGACUUCAAAGUCGGAUCUUGUCAAACAUAGCAGGGACUCAACCAGCCUUACUCACUGUCAGAUACAUUCACGUUCGCCAUGCUCAUAAGGGUUCUGGAAUCGUGGAUCUCCGUGCCCAGAAGUCAAAAACACACUCUGCAUCACAUGACCAUGUAGUGUUUCUGUUUCGUUUGUUAUUUUGAAUACCAUUAGACACCAUGGGAAACUUGUUUGUAUUUCAGAGCUUCUUUUUUAGUUCUACCUCUUGUAUAGUGUUGCCCAAAAAAAACUGCAGUAUUUCCAAGUAGCAAUUGUUUUUCUUCUGUUUUUUUGACUGUGCAAUGUUAGGACAACUAACAGUUAGCUGCAUGUCUGAAGAUCAUGACUGAAGUGCAGACAGCUCAUUGUAACUUGUUGAAAAUAUUUUUCCAAACGGCUAUACAAUCAAAAUUAAAUUAACUCCAUUGUGAUAGCACAGUUACUGUAGAAAUACAUGAGUGAAAAUGCUUAGCUAAAGUUAGAUUAACCCUCCUAUUGUCUUAAAUAAUACUAUUACCAACUACUAACCAAAUGCUAACACCUAUUACCUUUGGGUCACUAUGACCCGGUGUCCAAUUAAUCUCAUAACUUAACUAAAUGACUAAAUGUAAAUUAACAAAAUUACUAAAUGUA